CCACAUUCAAAACUGUCAAACUUGUUGUUUCAUGUUCAAACUUGUAUUUACAAAUUCACACUGAUUGCCGGAUAAAGUGCAACUGCAACAGAAUAAGUAUAACUACUAAAGUAAUUUCUGUUUCAUACUUAUACGGUCCGUGUUCUGUGGAGUUACUUAUAAGUUUUUAAUAAACAAUUGGAAAAUGUCUAAAGAACAAGGCACAAUACUUAUUUUGGAUAUAGGACGAAAUGUUUCUGCAGUAGACGAGAAGGACGAAAAAUGUUUUUUCCAAAGUGCUAGAGAAUGUGCGGCUCGGAUCAUAGAACGGAAAAUAUUGAACCAAGGCAAAAAUCUAAUUGGAAUAAUCCUUGUGGGAUCAAAGACGACUAAUAAUAAUCUCGCAAAGCAAUUCGAUGGAGCAUUCAAACGCAUUCAGGUCUUAUCAGACAUGGUUACUCCUACUUGGGAAAUGAUCAGACAGCUGCCGGAACAGCCAACAGAUACCAAAGGUGACUGGUUUGAAGCACUCAUUGUUGCAGCCGACUAUUAUAAGAAUGUGCUUUCCGGUGUCAAGUUAGAAAACAAACAGAUUAUACUGCUAACUAACUUCAAGAAGAAGGCAUCUUUUGAUCCUGAGAAUAUUGAUGAGGUCUUAAAUGGAUUCGUAGAUGAAGGCUAUGAAGUAAAUGUCAUUGGUCCAGACAUUGAAUCUGAAGAAUAUGAAAAAAAUGAGUCAGUACAAUUAGUUAAGCGGUUUAUAGACAGCACCGGAGGAGCAACCAGCACUAUAGAUAACAUCAUGAAGUAUGAUCUACUCUUCCAUAGGAAGAAACUCGUCAAAGGAACUCCAUGGAAUGUUGAUCUCAGCAUUGGGCCAAAUAUAAAAAUCCCAGUGUCUGCAUACAUCAGAACUAGGGAUGAACCAGCAGUAAAAAAUUGGGUGAAAUCAGUGAAAGACCCUGCCACAGGCAAGUCCAGCAAAUCUGAAUCUGUUACCAAAACCAAAGAAUACAUCAAUGAAGAGACUGGCCAGGCAGUUGAUGGAAGUAAUAAAAUAUCCGGCCACCACUAUGGGCAGCAGAUUAUACCAUUAAGUGAAAUUGACAAAAAUUUAAUGUACCAGUCUGGAGUUAAAUGCUUGUCGGUGUAUGGCUUCACUUCAGCUGACAAUAUUCAAUGGCAAAACUUGAAUGGUAAUGGUUUAUCCUAUGUGUUUGGCAGGAAGGGUGAUAAGAAAGCACAAAAGGUUGUCAGAUGCCUUGUAGAAUGUCUUCAUGACCUGAAUCUAGUGUGCAUUGUAAGGAAAGUGCACAACAACAACAAUUUGCCAAAACUGCAUGUCCUUAUGCCUGUGAUUGAUACUAAUAAUUAUGUUUGCCUCUCCAUGAUUGGUAUAUGUUACAAAGAAGAAAUUAAACAAAUGUCUUUUCCAACAACCAACUUAAAGAAACACAAAUGUUCAGAAGAACAAGUGAAUGCAUUCAAAGACCUUAUCAGUGCUAUGGAUUUGACCAAUGCGUAUGAUGACACAUUUGAUGAUAAUGAAGCAUUCCCUGUAGCAGAGUGUGUGAGCCCCUCCGUGCAGUAUGUGCUGGACUGCAUUGCUUUCCGUGCCCUGAACCCAGACAAACCAUUACCUAAACCAAGAGAAGAGAUAAUGACUCUAUUCAAAGUACCUCCCUUACUGGAAGAGAAUGCCAGAAAACCUCUGGAGAAAUUGAAAACCUUAUUCACUUUGACCAAGGUAGAACAAAAGAAAAGGCAAAAUAAAAAUCUUCUAAUGAAUAUUGAUCAAAUGCAAAAUCCGAACCAAACUGAUAAUCCUAUCACUCCAAAUAUGCAAAGUUAUAAAGUGCACAUGCCCACCAAGGAUGAGGCUGAGAAUGCAAUUAAAAGCAUCAGCACUAUCAACCCUGUUGAAGAUUUCAAAGCUUUACAAAGUCAGAACAAAGACUUAUCAGAACUAACCAAAGGAAUGAUCAAAGCUAUAGAGAGCUUGAUUCUCUACAACAUUGAUGGAAAGUAUAACAAAGCAUUAGAUGCUAUGAAACACUUGAGAAUGGAAUUCAUCAAAUCUGAUCCGACUGAUUAUAACAACUGGAUAAAGAAGUUGAAAAGUGAUUUGGUGGAACAUGGUAAAACAGAAGUACUGAAUCAAAUUAUAGAAAAUCAAGUCAGUUUUAUAUUGAAGAGGGAGAAUGAAUUGAGCAAUUAUGAAGAGGAACACAGCCAUGAUGAAAGUCAAUUGUUUGAAAAUGAUACCAUUCCUGACUCCACUGAAAUUACCAUCAGCACUGAUGUUCUGAACAUGUUUGAUGAUUAAAUUAGUGAUAUUAGAUACCUAAGUGAUUCUGAAAUGUGAGAUAAAAAAAUAGUUGUGGGUAACUUUAAGUUGAUAACUAAAUUCAGUAUUUUAUACUAUGUUCAAUAAUGUUAUUGGUUGAAAUAAAUAUUUUGGUACUAUUUAUUGUUAUUUAUUUAUUCAUCAACAUUUGUCCUACACAUUUAAAUAAUACUACAGAAAUUAGGCCUGAAUAUUUAAUAGCACUUCAAUAAAAUCUAAAAUUCAAUUUGCACACAAUAAAUUCAUGUAAAUUUUGUCUUAGAAGGUAGUAUGUUUAUGGGGAUGGUCCACUAAGCAAUCAUUGUACUCCUGUCGGGCUAAUUUUGUUUUGCGAGUGCAGCAGCUCCAGAAACUCUUGGAGGGACAGAUCCUCCUGGCAGUCUGUAUCCAGGUCGUGUUCGAGUUGCGCUUCCAUUGAGUUAGCCUCUGGGCUUAGCACGAUAUUUUCGUCCAAAACAACAUGAUUGAGCCGCGACUUGAGGCUCUGAAGAAUCUCUUCCAGUUCCAAACACUUGUUUCUUAUUGAUGUACCGAGAUCUGAUGCAGGGUCUAUGUCGUCUAUUGUGGCAUUCUCGGAGAAAGAAUUUGCUGGAGUACGCGUCCUUGGAGGCUGUAUCAUAUUGAAGAGAUUCUCAGGUAUUCCGUUCCUCCCAACCUCGGGAGACCGCGACUCAGUAAACUCUGCGAGUAUUUCAUCGAUAAUAUCCUCAGCAUUUUGUCGCGGGUCCACAACUUCUUCGGCUAGAUCAGCGCCACUCUCGCUAUUAAUCAUUUUAUUAUUCGAGUCCAGUUUCAUGAUUUGCUUCCGACGCUACGCUUGCUCAAAAAUAUCGAUUCAAUAGCAAAAUAAAUAAUAAAUAUGAAGGGAAGGAUACUGUUGUCGAAGAAA